GAUAGCUUUCUCUUUUCUAAGUUAAAUCUCUCUUACUGUUUUCCUUACUGGUAUUUUAAUGAGACUUCAAUUACAUUGACAUACAAUGUUGCAUCCAGUGUUUCAGAACUCCCUGGGGACUGGACCCAGGACUAUAUACUCUGGUCAAUGGAGCAGAGUCUUCAACAGAUCUUCCGACACCUGGAAAGCACAAGAUCAAGGCUUAUGGAACAGGAUUUGCCUGAACCACAGGAUACAAUUUCUUCCUCUACCUCCUCUGUUCUUGUGGCUCAGAAGACUGUUCUACGCUGUUGUGACUAUAAGAAAGCAACACAUUCUACUGACCACAGCAUCUCCUUUAGAUCACCAUGCAGUAACUCCAGUCUGUGUCAUCUUCCUGUCUUUUCUGAAGGAACAACUUGGGAAUACCAGAGCCAUAGUUUACCUAUUUCCCACAAAAAGCAGGCAUCUGUGUUUGAGAACCAAGGCACAACCCUGCCUCCUUUUCAGCUAUCAGAGUCCCAGAAAUCAAAACAUUUUCAGAAUUUGACAGAUCUUUCACCCUUACAAUCUCAGAGCUCUUUUAUCAACUCUACUUCUGAGCCUCUAAAUAUCUGCAAACAAAAAAGGAAAAAAAAAGAUGAGAGAAGGAGCAAGAGUCAUUUGACAUCAGAUCACGAGCCAAAUUCUGUUUCCAAGGACAGAUCACAACUUCCAAGGUGGGCUCCGUUCAAGCUCUCUCCUUCAGUUAGAAGGGAGCUAGAAGGACAUAUGUCUGAGAAGGUUUUCACUUUGCAGCAAAAAACAGUACCUUUACCUGUGAGGAAAACAUGGGCGAUACUCAAUUAUUUAACUGAACUACAAAAAGGAGUCGCUGAAUCAAAUAAACUCCAAACUCAGUUAUCUAUGCCCAUUCAUCAAAACACUGAGCAAAAUAUUAACAAAAAUUCCCCAGACCUUCCAUCAUUUCCGCUUCUUGUGAAUGCUGAAGUGGGAUCCGGAACAAAUAGCACAGAAACAAAACUUUCACAGUCACUUAUUUCGGGCAAGCAGUUACAGCCUGGGGAUGGCCCCCAAAUCCUUGGAUCCAAGCCUUCAGUUACAUCAGCGGGCACUCUACCUCCAAGAAGUUUAGGAGUUAAUGUAAUUCCAGAGGAAACUGCUUUACUGAAGAAAGAGCCAAAACACAUACUAGAGCUUAGUAUAGAGAAGAGGGUCAUAGGUUUUCCAGAAAAGAGGAUACAGCAGCAUAAGACACAAGUGACUAAUGUGGAUUUGACACCAAGUCUACCAUAUCAAGUCAAGGACAGCAUAAAGGUAACUCCACUGGCAUUACUUCAGGUCAUGGAUUCAAUAGGGAUGAUCCCAGAAUCACAUUCAGAAUCCGUGGGUUUGUUCCCACAGCUGCCAAGUCAAGUUGUGAAACCAAUGGAAACUAUGAAAACAGUGAGCAUUACCCCCAAACCACCAAAUAAAGUCAUUCAGUCAAUGGAGGCAGCCCCAAGGCCAAAGCACCAAGUUGUGGAAUCAGAAAGGAUGGCCACAAGAUUACUGAAUCAAGUCACAGAUAAUAAGAAAGUAACUCCUGUAGCAUUGCUUCAAGUUAUGGAUUCUAUGGGGAUGAUUAACAAAUCACAUCCACACAAAGAAUUAGUGGGAACGACUCCAACACCACAACAUCAAGCCAUAGGGUCAGUGAAGAUGAACAUAUUAUUGAACCAUCAAGUCACAAACCCAGAGAAGAUGAAUCUAAGGCCACAACGUGCAGUUAUGGAAACUGUGGAAAUGAUGCCAGGGCCACAGCAUACAGUCAUGGAAUCAGUUGGCAUGACCUCAGGAUCACAAAGUCAAGUCAUGGAACAAGGAAAGACUAUUCCAGGGCCAAUAUGUCAAGACACAAAAUCAUCGGAAACGAUCUCAGCACCGUUACAUCAAGUGGAAAAAUCUAUUGGGUUGAUCCAACCAUCUUUAGGAACUACCCCAGGGCCACUGAGCCAAACUUCAGAAUCUGUGGAGAUGAGCUCAAUGUCAUUCCAAGACACUCUUAAGACAGUGGACCAACUUGGAAAAGCAAUGAGGGAAACUGCAGUAUCACAACACACAACAAAAGAAUCUCUGGAUUUGAUACCAGGAUCAGAGAUACAAAGUGUGAAAUCAGAGGUAUUGACCACAGAGCCACAGUCUCAUGAUAUGAAGUUUGUUCAUUGCAAUCUAGGGCCAUGUUCAGAAGUUACUGAGUUGUCAGAGACACCCCCCACGUCAGAACAUAAAGACACAGAAACUAUGGGGUUGGCAUUGUCUCAAGUUGAUAAGACCUGGGGGGUCAUCCCAGUACCACUACAUUCAAAAACAGGAGUUUUGGAGUUAACGCCAGGACCAGGCAUGCAAUAUGAGAAAUCAGAGCCACUACUACAAAACUUGAAAUCUGCAGAGUUAACCAGUGAGUCAUCUCCAUUAGUGAUAGGAUCUAAAAAGUUAAUUACAGAACCAAAACCACAUGUUAUGGACCUGACCCCAGGGCCACAGGUCCAGGGAGGAAAGUCUAUGCAGUUGGAUCUAAAGUCACAGUUGCAAGACGUGAAACAUGUGAAUUUAAUCCAACAGCCAACUACAGGAGUGGUAGAAUCAGAAGAGAUGAUACCAAAGCCACCACUACAAAGUAUGCCAUUGGAGAAUUUGACUAAGAGGGCAGAGCUCCAAAAUGUAAACUCUGUGGAUUUAAAUCUAGGCCCAUGUCAGCCAAGUGUCAAAUCUUCUGCAUUGACCCCAGAGCCACAGAUACAAAAUGUCAGAUUUUCAAAGGUAUUUCCAGGGCCACUUCUUCAAGGAGAAAAACCUGUAGAUUUAAUCUCACAACCCCUACAUUAUGGUGCGAAAUCUGAUGAACUGACCUCAGAUUCCCCAGUUCAGGACAUCAAAUCAUCAGAUUUUAUCACAGACCUAACACAUCAAAGUGUCAAAUUUGUACAGCUGACCCCAGAACCACAACCUCAAGGUGUGAAAUUUGUGGAACUAAACCCAGGACUAGGCGUGCAAGAUGUCAGAUUUUCUGAUUUGAUCCCAGAGUCAAAGCACCAAGGUUUCAAACAUACGCAGAUGACAACAGGAGCUCAGCCUGAAGAUAUAAAGUCUCUAGGUUUCAUACCAGAGUCAUCUUUGCAGUUAAGCCAAGGGCCAUACGUUGAAGACGUGAAAUCUAUUCUGUCUACUGAAGAAUCACAGUUUCACAGUAUGAAAUCUGCAAAAUCAACCUUAGAACUACCAUCUCAAAGUGUAAAAUCUGAGGAAGUAAACUUAGGGCCUUGGCAGCAAUAUCUCAAAUUUUCUGAAUUGACUUCAAGGCCAAAGCUGCAAGGUAUCAAAUUUGGGGAUCAAACUCCAGGAUCAGCGUUUCAUAGUGUGAAUUCUGUAGAGGUGGUCCCAGAGUCAGGACUGCAAGAUUCCAAACUAGCAAAGAUGUCUCAAGGAACUCAAAGCAUGAAACAGGAAGGGCUUAACCCAGAGCUGCAGCUACAAGAUGUCAAAAUUUUUGAUUUAGUACCAGGAACUCAACCUCAGGGUGUGAAAUCUUUAGAGUUAAACUCAGGGCCACAGCUACAAUGUGUACAAUUUUUAGAGUUGACCCCAGGGACAGAGAUGCAAGGGGUACCGCCUAUGGCAAUGGCUCCAGGGCCAGAGGGGCAAGGGGUUAAGCCUGAGUUGUUAGUACCAGAGCCACUGUUUCAAGAUGUAAAAUAUGGAGUAGGCAAUCAAGUGCCAAGCCUUGAAGUUGAAGUUUCCAGUAAAUUAGUCUCAGAGCCACAAAUGCCAGGUGCAGAAUCCAUGGAGUUGACUCUGGGGCCACAGUUGCUCAGUGUAAAUCAUUCUGAGUUGACCAGAAAACCACAGUUACAAGGUAUGAUAUCUUCUGGAUUGAUACAAGGACCGGAGCUCCAAGAUGUAAAUCCUGUGGAGGAGAGCCCAGUCUUAAAACUUCAAGGUUUCAGAUCUGAAAAGCUAACCCCAGAGCCACAGCUAGAAGAUAUGAAAUCUGUGGACUUAAUCCCAGGGCCACAUUUGGGAGAUAUGAAAACUAGGCAGUUAACACCAGAGCCAGAAUUGGAAGACGUCAAAUCUGUGAUGUUAACCCCAGAGCCACAGGCAGGAGGUGUAAUACUUGAGGAGGUAACCCCAGGCUCAAAGCUCCAGUCUGAGUUGCUGACCUCAGGGUCACAGUUAGAAGAUAUGAAAUCUGUGACCUUAGCUCCAGGACCAUGCCUGGAAGGGAUGAAAUCUAUGGAAAUAUCUCCAAGUCCACAGCUGGAAGGUGGGAAAUCUGUGGCGAGAACCUUAGGGUCACAGAGAGAUGUCAAAGCUGUGGAAUUCAUCCCUGAUUCGGAGCUUCAAGGUGUAAAAUCUGUGGAGUUGACUCCAGGUACACAGCUGCAUGAUAUGAAGGCUGCAAAAUUAAAAUUUGGGCUAAAGAUGCAAGGUGAGAAGUCUAUGGCUUUUGCACCAGAGCCAUUGCUUCAAGGGGUUAAAUCUGUGGAGAUGCUUCGAAGGCCUCAGCUACAAAGCAUGAAACCUGAGGAACUGACUUCAGUCCCACAAAUGCAAGAUAUGAAAUUUGUGGAGAUUACUCCAUGUUUAAAGCUUCGAAGUUUAAAAUCUAUAAAGGAGACUCAAGAUCCACAUAUGCAAUGUGUAAAGUCUGUAGAGUUUGCCCCAAGGCAGAAGAGACUGGUAGUAAAAUCUGUGAAUGUAACCAGAGGACAAGAGUUUGAAGAAGUAAAACCUGUGGAUUUAACCCUUGAGCCAGAACAGGAUGGUCAGAUAUCUGUAAACUCACCAGAGCAGCAAUGUGUGAAUUUUGAGCAAGUAAAGAGAUGGUCUGAGUCAGAAGGUAUAAUGUCUUUGGAGUUAAUUCCAGAGUCAAAAUCUGAAGGUAUAAAAUCUGUAGACAUCAAGUCUGACCUACAGUCGAAAGGUAUAGAAUCAUCUGAAUUGACUCCAGAACCAAAUAUGCAAGAUGUAAAAGCGAAAGAGUUCAAACAUGAACCACAGUUGCAAAGUCUGAAAUCUCCCAAAUUGACUCCAGGACCGCAGUUGCACCAAGCGAAACCCUUGGGCUCAACUGCAAAGCCACAGCUUCAAAGUGUGAAAAUCGUGGAGUUAAGCAAAGAGCCAGAGCUUGGAAGAAUGAAAUCUGUUCAGUGGAUAACAAGACCUGAGUUACAAGGUGUAAAAUCUGUAGGAUUAAAUCUUGGGCCACAAUCUCGAAGUGUCAAAACUGCAGAGUUGAAACGUUCCAUACAGUUGGGAGAUAUAAUAGCAUCUAAAUUGGUUCUAGCACCAAAACUUCAAGAUGCAAAACCUAUGGAGUUUAACCUUGGGUCACAGUUCCACUGUGUGAAAGCUCCUGAGUUGUCUCAAGGACCACAGCUGCAAAAAAGGAAAAUUCCAGCAUCAAGCUCAGAGCCACAACUUCAAGGUGUGAAAACUGUGGAGAUAAACCAAGACUCACGGCUUGGAAGUGCAAAAUCUGUGCAGUGGAUACCAGGACCUGAGUUCCAAGGUGUAAAAACUGGAGGGCUGAAUCUUGGUUCACAAUCUCGAGGUGUCAAACCUGCAGAGUUGAAAUCCUCCAUAGAGUCAGGAGGUGUAAAAUCAUCUGAAUUGAUUCUAGGGCCAAAAAUUCAAGGUGCAAAACCUGUGGAGUUUAACUAUGGGCCACAGUUGCAAUUUGUGAAAACUCCUAAGUUGUCCCAAGGACCACAGUUGCCAAAAGGGAAAAUUCUGGCAUUGACCUCAGAGCCACAGCUUCAAGGGGUAAAAACUGUGGCGUUAAACCAAGACUCACAGCUUGGAAGUGUGAAAUCUGUGCAGUGGAUACCGGUACCUGAGUUCCAAGGUUUGAAAUCUAUGCUAAAAUGUGGUUCACAAUCUCGUGCUGUCACACCUGUAGAAUUGAAACCUUCAAUACAAUUAAGAGAUGUGAAGUCAUCUGAGUUGACUCCAAGGCCAAAGCUCCAAAGUGUACCACCUUUGACAUCACUCCAGGAACAUCAGUUGCCAGGGUCCAAAACUAUUGAUUUGAAGUCUGGGUUACAGUUGAGAAGUGUGAAAUCAUGUGGCCCAAUUUCAACAUCAAAGCUCCAUGAUAUAAAAUCUAUGGCAUUCAAACCUGGGCUUCAUUUGCAAGAUGUGAAAUCUUCUGAGUUGACCCCAAGACCACAGCUGCACAAAGUGAAACCCUUGGAGGCAUAUCCAAGAACACAGCUGCAAGAUGUGAAGUCUCUAGUGUUUACACAAGAGCCACAGUUUUCAGGGGUGAAAUCUGGAGUAUUAAGCCAAGAGCUACAAUUACAAAGUGAUAAAACUGUAGCGCUGAACUUCUUACUACACUUGAAAAGUACGAAAUCAUCUGGGUUGGUUCAUCAGACAAAGCUUUCAGGUAUGAAAUCUGAGGAAUUUAGCUCUGGGCCACAAUGGCAAUGUGUCAAAUCUUCUAAGUUGACACCUAAGACGAAGUCCCAAGACAUGAAGUUUAUGGAGUUAAAUCCCAGCUCACAGUUAAAAAAUAUCCCACAUUCUGAUUUGACCACGAAGACCAAGAUUCAAGGUGUCAAAUCUACAGACUUCAAACCUAGGCCACAGUUGCAAGGAGUGAAAUCUGAGUCGAUAUCGAAGACAAAGCUUCAAGAAGUGAAAUUAGUGGAAUCCAACUCAGGCCCACAGUUGCAAGAUUUGAAAUCAUCUAGGUUGAUAGUGGGUAUAAAGCUUCAAGACAUUAAAUCUAUGGAUUUCAGUUCUGGACCACAUUUACAGAGUGUGAAAUCAUCUGAAAUGAUUCCAGGGGUGAAGCUUCAGGGUGUGAAAUCUGUAGACUUCAAACCUAGUCCAAAGUUACAAAGUGAGAAAUCUGAUUUGACCCUGGGGAGGAAGUCUUCAGGUGUGAAAUCUGUAGAGCUGGAAUCAGGCCCACAGUUACAAGAUAUAAAAUCUUCUGAUCUGACCAUGGGUAUAAAGCUUCAAGAUGUAAAAUCUGUGAAGCUCGGUUCUGGACAACAGUUUCAAGGUAUACAAUCUUCUGAGGUAAUCUCAGGGACAAGGCUUCAAAGUAUGAAAUCAAUGUAUUUCAAUUCUGGACAACAGAUACAAGGUGAAAAAUACUCUGAGUUGAUUCAAGGAACAAACUGUCAAGAUGUAAAAUCUGUAGAAAAUAACCAUGGUCCAAAGUUACAAGGUGUGGCAUCUUCUCAGUUAACACUAGAGACAAAGCUUCAAGUUGGGGAAUCUGUAGAGUUGAACUCAGGCCCACAGUGGCAACAUAUGAAAUAUUGUAACUCAAUCAAGGGGACAGAGCUUCAAGACGUAAAAUCUGAGGAGUUCAGUUCUGAAUCACAAUUGCAAGGUAUGAAAUCUUCUGAAGAGAUUCCAGUGACAAAGCUUGAAAAAGUGAAAUCUGCGGAGCUCAUGCCUAGGCCAAUGCAGCAAGAUGUAAAAUCUUUUGAAUUGUCUCUAGGUACAAAGGUACAGGAUAGGACAUCUCUGGGGUUAAACUCAACUUCACAGUUACAAGAUAGAAAAUUAUCUAUGUUGACACCAGGGAUACAACAUCAAAGUGUGAAAUCUACAGAAUUCAAUCCUGGAGCAAAGUUGCAAGAUAGGAAAUCUGGGUUGAUAAAGCUUCGGACAGUGAACUCUACAGAGGGCAACCAUGACCCAGAAUUGCAGGUUGCAGAACUCUCUAAGUUGGCCUUGGAAUCAAAGAUUCACAGUGUGGCACCUUCUGAGUUCAAUACUGAAAAGCGGCAGCCAGAUGAGAAAUCUCACAAAUUGAUUCCAUGGCCAGACCUUCAAAGUGUCAAAUUUACGGUGUUCGAUCCUGGGCCGCAUUUGCAACAUAGAAAACCUUCAGAAUUCUGUACAGGGACAAAGCUUCAAGAUGUAAAAUCUAUGAAAUUCAAUCUUCAGCAACAGUUGCAAGGUGUGAAAUCUUCUGAGUUGCACUUUGGAACAGGGCUUCAAGGUAUACAAUCUUUAGAUUUUGAGCCUGGGCCACAGGUGCAAGGAAUAAAAUCUGUCAAGUUGAAUCCUGGGCCUGCGCUUCAAGGUAUAAAAUCUAAGAUGUUCUGCCUUGGACCACAUUUGCAAGAUGUGAAUUCUUCUGCAUCCAUUCCAGAGCCACCACCUCAGUGUGUAAAUUCUAUUGGGUGCAACCGUGGGCCAACUUUGCAAGGUUUAAAUUCUUUUGUAUGUAUUCCAGGCCCUAAACUUCAGUGUGUAAGUUCUAAUGGGUUCAACUCUGGGCCAAUCUUGCAAGAUAUGAAUUCUUCUGCAUCCAUUCCAGAGCCAACACUUCAGUGUGUAAAUUCUAUUGAGUGCAAACCUGGGCCACAUUUACAAGGUGUAAAUUCUGCAUCCAUUCCAGCACCUAAACUUCAGUGUGUAAGUCCUAAUGGGUCCAUCCUUGGGCCAAACUUGCAAGGUGUGAAUUCUUCUGUAUCUAGUCCAGAGCCUCCACUUCAGUGUGUAAAUUCUAUUGAGUAUAUUUCUAGGCCAGAUCCACAAAGUGGCCAAAACUUCAGUGUGCAAAUUCUACUGGGUGCAGCCCAGGACCACAUUUGCAAGGUGUGA